AUGGCACCCAAGGAGAAGAUGCAUCCCCGGGUCCAGCGGGAGCUGGCGUACCAGUUUGCUUCACCGGUCAGGUGGAUUGAAACACAAGACGUCGUGCUCCAGGAACAAAAGGUUGAUCGGCUGGUCGAGAUUGGACCUGCUGAGACUUUGCUUGGCAUGAUAAAGAAGACAUUGGGAGCAAAGUACCAAGUACAUGAUGCUGCACUUGCCAUCCAACGAGAGAUCUGGAGUCAUAAGAAGAAUGCACGAGAGAUAUACUAUGAAUUGAACGAUGCCGAGAUCGUACCAACCCAAACAGGCAAGGAGACAUCCACGCCCGCUGCACAGCCCUUACAGCCCACCCCUAUCACACUCCCGGAGGCAGCUGAGACCGCCACGCCCCAGCCAGUACCAGUACGGCAAUCCCCUUCCAGCAUUGAAGACACCCCGAUAGCAGCACUCGACAUUAUCGUCGCCCUAAUCGCACACAAACUGAAGAAGCCGUUGCAAGACAUUGACUUGAGCCAAACCAUCAAGAAGCUGGUCGGAGGCCGAUCCACCCUAGAGAAUGAGAUCGUCGGAGACCUCGGCGCCGAGUUUGGCUCCGUUCCAGACGCCCCCGAAGAUACUCCCCUGUCGGAGCUCUCUCAAUCCAUCGAAGCUCAAGGUUCAUGGAAGAAAGGCCUGGGCAAGACCACACAGACCCUUGUCAACCGAAUGGUGUCGGCAAAAAUGCCUGCGGGUCUGGGGUCAGGCGAAGUACGAGCUCACCUGCUUAAUAAAUAUGGUAUACAGACAGGCCGCCAGGAUGCGGUUCUGCUGCGCGCCGCUGUGCUGCAGCCCGCCGCAAGACUCCCAGAUACUAGCGCUGCUCAUGCUUUUCUUGACGACGUCGUCCAACAGUACGCUCAAUAUGCGAAGAUUGAUCUGUCUGCUAUAGGAGCUUCGUCUGAUGGGGCUGGCACAUCAUCUGGGCCAGUUGUGGUAGACCAGACUGCCGUCAAGGCACUGGCCAAGACUCAGGACGACCGGGCCCAAGCCAUGCUGGAGUUGUAUGCAAAGUUGCUUGGGGUAGACCUGCAGGCUGGACACAAGGCUAGCAACAAAGCAGCAGAAAUUAUAGCAGAGCUACAGGACGAGCUGCAGCUCUGGAUUUCGGAGCACGGUGAGGUCUACGGUUCGGGCAUCAAGCCUAUGCUAUCCGUGGCCAAAGCCCGCAGGUACGACUCGUUUUGGAAUUGGGCGCUACAAGACACUGUGGACCUGUUUCACCGGAUCCUGGCCGGGGCCAUUACGCUAACUGGCCGCGAGGUGGAAACCAUCAUGGGCCGUAUUGCUCGGAAGUCCAAUCCAAAACUCGUGCAGAUGCUAGAAUACCUGGAGACACAGUGCCUGAAGCUUCGAAACCCGCGAGCGGUUCAUGCCCGCGAUGUCCUCCAUCAAUUGCGGCUGGCAUGCAACCCGCAGUUAUCAGAUGCUCAGCCAUUGGCUGCGCACCGGUUGAUGAUUGACGCACCGAAGACAACCAUUGACAGCCAAGGAAAAAUUCAUUAUAUGGAGGUUCCUCGUGCCACCGUCGAUGCCGCACCACCGGCUACCCUCAAAUCACUGGGGAGCCGGGGUUGGGAAACCCGAGCGGACUUGACUGCAGCCUUCAUGGCGGCUCUCCGCCAAACGGACCACGAGUGUCUUUCGUUCUCAGACGCAGAGGUGCUUGUCAUUGGUGCGGGACGGGAUUCCAUCGGCACCGAAAUUGUCCGCGGCCUUCUGAGAGGAGGUGCUCGGGUACUCGUAACGACCAGUAGCUACUCGCUCGCGACAACACGAUUGUAUCAGCAAAUUUAUGCCGAAGAAGGCGCUCGUGGAUCGCAGCUUGUUCUUCUGCCGUUCAACCAGGCGAGUCAGCAAGACCUUGAGUCCCUGGUGUCUUACAUCUAUGAAUCCGACAAAGGGCUCGGAUGGGAUCUGAGCCAUGUUGUUCCAUUUGCAGCCAUUCCGGAAGGUGGCCGGCAAAUUGAGGAUAUUGACUCUAAGUCCGAGUUGGCCCAUCGUAUCAUGCUGACAAACACAAUCAGGUUGCUAGGGGCAAUCAAGAAGCAGAAGCAGGCACGAGGAUUCGACAGUCACCCUGCACAGGUAAUCCUGCCAUUGUCGCCGAACCACGGCAUCUUUGGUGGGGAUGGCCUCUACCCCGAGUCGAAGAUUGCUCUCGAAACACUAUUCAACCGCUGGAACUCCGAGUCAUGGGGUACAUAUCUUUCAAUCUGCGGUGCUGUUAUCGGCUGGACGCGCGGAACCGGACUCAUGAGCGCCAAUAAUGGUGUUGCGGAAGAUAUUGAGAAGAUGGGAGUGAGGACGUUCUCCCAGGUCGAAAUGGCCUACUACAUCCUUGUCCUUAUGUCAUCUCCAAUUGCAACCGAAUGCGAGGUGACACCAGUGCAGGCAGACCUAAGUGGUGGCAUGGGUCACUUCCCGAAUUUCAAAGAGACGGUUGAUUCCAUCCGGCAGAAACAGAAGGAAACCAGUGAAAUCCGAGACGCCUUAGCAAAGGAGGAAGCCUUUGAGCGCGCUGCCCUUGGACAGCCAUCGGAAGAAGAACCGCAGGUACGGGAACAAAAGGCCAGGCUUGCGCUCGAGUUUCCUCGUCUACCUGACUACCAGACCGAGCUUCUUCCUCUCGCUGGUCAGUUGCGCGGAAUGGUUGAUCUCGACCGCGUGGUCGUCGUCACCGGUUUCUCUGAAGUCGGGCCACACGGCAACGCCCGGACACGCUGGGAGAUGGAGGCAUUCGGGGAGUUCUCGCUGGAGGGCUGCAUUGAAAUGGCUUGGAUCAUGGGUCUGAUCAAGCAUCACAAUGGACCUCUCAACGGGAAUCUGCAUUACCAUGGUUGGAUCGUUGCAGCGACCAAGGAGCCUAUUCGCGAUAUCGAUGUAAAGAAGCGGUUCGAAGAGCACAUCCUGGCACACACCGGCAUUCGACUCAUUGAGCCAGAGAUCAACGAUGGUUACGAUCCUUACAAGAAGAAAUUCUUGCAGGAAGUGGUUCUCGACGAGGACAUGCCUCCGUUUAAGACGUCCAAGGAGACCGCAGAGCAACUCCGACUGGAACACGGCGAUAAAGUUGAUGUCAUCCCCGAAGGCGAAGAGUACACCGUCCGACUACUCAAGGGAGCUUGCCUGAUGAUCCCAAAGGCCCUUCGAUUCGACCGGGCAGUGGCUGGCCAGAUUCCGACCGGCUGGGAUGCCCGUACUUACGGGCUUACCGAGGAUCUCGCCAGUCAAGUGGAUCCAGCCACAUUAUAUGCUCUCAUUGGAACGGUGGAAGCACUUUUGAGUGCAGGCAUCAGUGACCCAUUCGAGAUAUACCAGUAUUUGCAUGUGUCGGAAAUCGGCAAUUGCAUUGGCUCUGGCUUGGGAGGCGUCAAGGCACUCCGAAAGCUGCAUAAGGACCGCUUCGUGGAGAAGCAGGUUCAGAACGACAUUUUGCAGGAAUCAUUCAUCAACACCACGGCUGCAUGGAUUAACAUGCUCUUGCUGUCCUCCACCGGCCCUAUCCGUACCCCGGUCGGCGCUUGCGCAACCUCGAUCGAGUCGCUCGAAUCCGGCUAUGAGACUAUCGUCUCCGGCAAAGCCAAGAUGUGCCUUGUUGGUGGCUUCGACGACUUCUCCGAGGAUGUGUCGUAUGAGUUCGCGAAGAUGAAGGCCACGGUUAGUAGCGAGGCAGAGUUUGAAAAAGGUCGUCAUCCCAGCGAGAUGUCGCGACCGGCUGCUUCCACCCGUGCUGGAUUCGUCGAGUCUCAAGGCAGUGGUAUCCAGGUGAUCACAUCCGCCCAGCUGGCAUUGGACAUGGGCCUUCCCAUCCAGGGCAUCGUCGCAUGGGUCGGAACUGCUAGUGACAAGAUUGGGCGUUCUGUUCCUGCUCCCGGAAAGGGUCUCUUAACGAAUGCACGCGAGGCACGACACCGAGCCCCGUCCCCCAUGUUGGAUAUUUCUUACCGGCGUCGGAGACUGAAUAUGUCGCUCCAGCACAUCAAGGAACGCGUCGACAUGGAGGUGGACAUUGCUGAGGCAGAAUUGACCGACCUGAAGCGCAGCCCUAGCCCCUACGCGGAAGAACGCAUUGAAGAGAUCAACGAACGCCUCCGCUACGUACGCCGGGAAGCCCGGGUCCAAGAGAAGGGUGCGUUGAACACGUUUGGUAAUCAUUUCUGGAAGAAUAGCCCGGAGAUUUCUCCGCUACGCGGUGCUCUAGCAACUUGGAACCUGACUAUCAACGACCUGGAUGUGGUCUCGUUCCACGGGACAUCCACCGUGUUGAACGAGAAGAACGAGACGAACAUGAUUAGCCAACAGCUGCAUCAUCUGGGUCGGACGAAGGGUAAUCCUGCAUUAGGAAUCUUUCAGAAGUAUCUUACUGGACACUCAAAGGGAGCUGCAGGAGCGUGGAUGCUCAAUGGUGGCCUACAAGUGCUCAACACCGGCUUGGUUCCAGGCAACCGCAAUGCAGACAACAUCGACGCAGCCCUGCAGAACGACUAUUUAGUCUACCCCAGUCGCAGCAUACAGACUACAGGUGUCAAGGCCUUUUCGGUAACAUCUUUCGGGUUCGGACAGAAAGGAGCGCAAGCCUUGGGUGUUCAUGCCCGCUAUCUCUUCGCCACGCUGGACCAGGAGACCUAUGACGCGUAUCGGGUCCGAGUUGAAGCUCGACAGCGCCGGGCGCAGCAGCAUUUCCGGUUUGGUAUUUCACACAAUGCUGUUUUCUCUGCUAAAGAGGCACCGCCAUACCGGAAUGAUCAAGAGUUCCGCAUUCUGCUGGAUCCGAAAGCGCGUCUGACCGAAAAUGGUCGGGGGCAGAUGGAAUAUGCGGAGUAA